UUAGGCAGGUGGAUUUGUGACCUGUCUUUGAGUUAUCAGACAAAACUUCCUGGGAUACCCUUGACAUUAAAAUGUUAAUGACACCAAAAGGGUCUCUGGCUUGAAGGCCCACAGUGAAAUAGGGUCCCUCCCAGCUUAGUGGGAACAAUUUUGUGAGAAACAUUUCCCAUAUAGAGAUCUCCACUCCCCGAGUUUGGAACCUUAACCUCAGGUUGCUCAUUACACAAGGAUUGUGGAUCUACUCCUGCCAGAGGCAUUCAAAACAUGCCACGCUGGUGUUGCAUAAAAAAAAAAAAAAAAAAAAAAAGAUCUUGCGCAUUCAGCAAAUAUAAGCUGGCGAGCAGAGCCAGGGUCACCCGCUUUUGAGAGGGGAGCUGCCGUUCUGCGGCCUCGGGUUGAAUGCAAGCAAUGGACAUUGAGAAGGUCAACUCCAUGGACUUUGGGGAAUUUGUGGAUGUGUUUGGGAAUGUCAUUGAGAGGUGUCCUCUGAUUGCCGCUGCUGUUUGGUCCCAGCGCCCGUUCUCCAACUUGGAAGAUUUAGAGAAGCACUUCUUUGCCUUCAUUGACGCCCUUCCGCAGUCAGGCCAAGAGGGCAUCCUGCGCUGCCACCCGGACCUGGCGGGCCGCGAGCUGCAGCGGGGAACGCUCACCGCGGAGUCGCAGCGGGAGCAGAGAGGCGCGGGCCUGACGAGCCUGAACGCCGACGAGCGGCUCCAGCUGGCGGAGCUCAACGCGCAGUACCGCGCGCGCUUUGGCUUCCCCUUCGUGCUCGCCGCGCGCCUGAGCGACAGGGCGGCCGUGCCGCGGGAGCUGGCGCGCAGGCUGCACUGCCCGCCGGCGCAGGAGCUGCGCACCGCCCUGGGCGAGGUGAAGAAGAUCGGCCACCUGCGUCUCGCCGACCUCCUGGGCGCGGAGCAAACCUGA